GUCAACAUGACUGACGGCCCUCUCGUUGUCUCUGUCCGAACAGGGGAUAUCCAGGGUGCUGGGACCAACGCCAAUGUUUCUUUAAUCCUCCAUGAUAUUCAGGGCAAGACUUCGCCCAAAAUCAACCUCAACCACUUCUUCAGAGAUGAUUUUGAGAGAGGAAAUACCGACACAUUCGAGCUGCAGCGGGCACAAACAAAAAUGCUUUGCAAGCUCGGUAAGAUUGAAGUGUUCCGUGACGAUUCUGGAUUUGGAAGUUCCUGGUACGUUGAAAGAAUCACAGUUGAGAACAAGUCUAACGGCGACGUGUACAUCUUCCCCGUGUUCAGGUGGCUGCGACCUCAUUACCACUACGUGUUUCGGGAAAAUGACACCUUCCUUCCACAGAACGAUGCCCAACAGGAGCAGAGGAGGCUGGACUUGGAGGAGAAACGCAAACUGUACAUGAUUAAAACCGUCGAUCUGAAGCUGCCAGCAUCGAUUACAAGCCUGCCUGUGGAUGAAAUGUUUUCAGGCCAGUAUCGUUGGGACUUGCAGAAACUGAAACUGAACCUGAUAAUUCAAAGCAAAAUAACCAUGAUUACAUCAGGAAGAUGGAAAACUCUGGACGACAUAAGAAACGUCUACGUCAUGGACAUCUUCAACGAACCAAAAAGCAGCAGGGUGUGGCAAGAGGACUGGUUUUUCGGCCACCAAAGGAUUGCUGGACUUUGCCCUUCCCUGAUCCAUCUCUGCACAUGCGUUCCGGAAAAAUUAGGCAUUGUCGAGGGAGACUUGCUGCCAUUCCUAGAGGGACAAACUAUGAAAGAGGCUCUGACCAACAAGAGGCUGUUCUGCUGUGACCUUGCCAUUUUGCACAACUUCCCCGCAAAAAGCAAAGAACUCAGGGUAUGUGCCCCGAUCCUGUUGCUGUACCAAACCAACAGUGGCCAGCUCCUUCCAGUCGCCAUCCAGCUGUUCCAGGAACCAGGGUCAGACAACCCGGUGUUCCUGCCGUCAGAUGACCAGUACUUAUGGCUGCUGGUGAAAAUGUGGUACAACCAUGCAGAGACAUCAUACCACCAGUCCUUGGUUCACCUUGGGUUCACACAUCUCGCGAUGGAAGGAGUAAGUCUGAGUAUCAACAGGUGUCUGUCCGUCUCCCACCCAAUCUACAAACUCCUGGCGCCGCACCUGCUCUACAUCCUAGCUAUUAACAGUCGCGCUAUAGAGAAGUUGUUGGCUCAGGACGGGUGGAUUCAAAACACUAUGACUGUUGGCAGAAAUGGAGUUCUGAACCUUGUGAAACUCGGAGUAUCACAAUGGCGGCUAGAUGAGGACGGAAAUCUCCCGGAGGACCUAAAAAAGAGAGGGGUGUACGACAAGGAUGUACUGCCUAACUUCCACUAUCGGGAUGAUGGAUUACUCUUGUAUGACACAAUCAACAAGUACGUCACCAAGUAUGCCCACUUGUACUAUGAGACGGACGAUGUUCUGCUUGCUGACUGGGAGAUCCAGGCCUGGGCCAAGGAGCUGGUGGCGCCGAGAGAACAUGGUGGCAUUGGGAUGAAGGGUGUUCCCGGCAGUGGUGAAUUCCGAUACUUGAAAGACCUCAUCCAGACAUUGACGUCGGUCAUCUUCACCUGCAGCGUCCAGCACGCUGCCGUCAAUUUCCCCCAGUACGACUACUAUGCCUUUCCGCCAGCCUAUCCCGCUGGUCUGAACGGGUCACCACCAUCUCGGAAGUCCCCACUGAAGAUGCCUGAUGUCCUGCACGCUCUGCCAGACAAGAAAACAACCUUUGAUAUUAUGGUUGUCACCAAACUGCUCAGCAGCAAGGGUGUCAAGAGUCUGGGGGACUUCGAGGUUCAAUAUGUGUUUGAUCCAAAAGCGACUGUUGUUCAAGAGGAAUUCCGGGCAGAUCUUAAAGAAGUCGGGAGGGUGAUUGAGGAGCGAAAUAAGACACGGAACCCGACCUAUGACUAUCUUCAUCCCGACGCUAUCCCAAAUUCUAUCAGUAUCUAGCCGUCCCGGUAUUACUGUUCAUGAAUAUGUGAACUAGUUUGAACAAUUAGCAUUUACUUCAAAUGGCAGAAGGUAAUGUAGUGUACCGACGAGCACAGAGUAAGCACUACGUUAGAUGUAAUGGAAAUGUACCCUGAUGUGAGAUCACUAACACUAGGUUCUACGCACUAUUUAACAAAAUACACAGUUUGGAUAUUUUGUAAACUUUUGAAAGUGCAUACUCACCAGUGCAAAUCAUUUUAAACACGUAGUCAGGUUAGGUAUACA